AUGACAAUUAUAACGGAAUUCUUGCUCAUGGGAUUCCCUGAGGACUGGUUGCUGCACAGUUUGUAUGCCACUCUCUUCUUCCUCAUUUACAUGGCUGCAGUGGUGGGGAAUCUCCUCAUUAUCAUUCUCACCACUGUUGACCCAAAAUUCCAAGUCCCCAUGUAUUUCUUCCUGAAGAAUCUGUCCUUGAUUGACAUCUCCUACAUCUCUGUCACUGUUCCCAAAUCCAUCAUAAACUCUCUGACCAAUAGCCAUUCCAUCUCCUUCCAAGGAUGCGCCUCACAGGUUUUCCUUGUUAUAUUUUUUGCCGGCACAGAAUAUGCCUUGCUUAUAGUGAUGUCUUAUGACCGCUAUGCUGCUGUCUGCCAUCCUCUGCACUAUGAGAACAUUAUGAGUAGACGCUCCUGUGUGCAGAAGGUGACAGCAUCCUGGCUCACUGGAUGUGUCUAUGGCUCCCUUCAUGUCACAGGUACAUUCUCUCUCAGGUUCUGUGGGCUCAACACAGUGCAUCAGUUCUUCUGUGAUAUUCCAUCGUUGCUCACACUUUCCUGUUAUGGAGAGCAUAUUUUAGAAUAUAUAUUUAUUAUGGCUAGCUGUUGUUUUGCCUUUGUAUGUUUCAUUUUGAUGUUUGUUUCCUAUGUUCACAUUUUCUUCACUGUUCUAAGGAUUCCUUCUGCUCAAGGGAGGUUUACAGUUUUCUCCACCUGCACGCCCCACCUCACUGUGGUGACUUUGUCCCUCUCCUCUGGAUUCAUUGCAUAUUUAGGUUCCACCUCAAAAUCACCAUCAUCACUGAACCUCUUUAUGACCGUGUUAUACUCUCUAUUACCGCCCACCAUGAAUCCUGUCAUUUACAGCCUGAGAAACAAGGAUAUGAAGGCGGCCCUUGUCAAAAUGUUUGGUGGAACAAUUGCCCCGAAGAAGUUAAAUGUCUAA